GCCUCUGCCUGUGCCGCAUAGCCCUCAGUCAUCCUUCUUACUCUGUUCCUGCCACCCACUUUCAAGUCACGCCAAUUUCACCGAUGUCUGCCACCACAGAAAUCAAAGUGUACGUCGUCACCGGCGCCAAUCGAGGCCUCGGUCUCGGCCUUGUGCAAUCACUCCUUGCGCGUCCCCAGCACACGGUGGUCGCCACGGUUCGUAGCGAGCAAGCCAAACAAUCGCUAGAAGACGAGGUCAAGAGCGUCACGAAAGGAACUGGCAGCACGCUUGAAAUUAUACAAUACGACUUCUCUACAGCCAUCGCUCCGAACCUAGUGGAAAGCACAUUCGCCAAGUUGAACAUUCCGCACAUUGACGUUCUGGUGCUCAACGCCGGAGGGGCACAGCCAAUGGUCCCGCCAAGCGAAACCACAGCCGAGGACCUACGGGCAGCUUUCGAGACCAACACCAUCGCGCCUCUUCUCGUCUUCCAGGGCCUGAAGUCAUAUCUGCUACAAGCCAAAUCAACCCCCAAACUUAUCUGGGUCACCUCUUCGGUCGGGAGCAUUGGCGACAUGGAUCCGUUUGGCGGCGGCGCUUACGGUCCCAGCCGAGCGGCACAGAACUGGCUGGCGCGCUCCAUCCAUCUCGAAUGCAACGGCACAAAGGGCGACACGCGUCUGAUUGCCAUUCCUCUGCAUCCGGGAUGGGUACAGACGCGAGCGGGGCAAUAUGUCGUCGAUCAGUGGCAGUCGGCGCUCAAGGCCAUCGACUACAAUAUUGAGAAGCCUCCGACUACGCUCGAGGACAGCGUUUCCGGCAUGAUCAAGGUCAUUGACGAUGCGACGGCGGAGCAAUCAGGCCAAUUCUUGACCUUUGAAGGCAAGUCCUUGCCGUGGUGAGUCAUCGUUUGUGGGUUUGAAGAGUUUGCGCGCCAGGCGUGCCCAUUCAGCGUGGAAGAGGCUCCCAAGAGCUCAAUAGGUGUCAGCCGUCAGAGAACCGAAGAAUACACUACUAUGCGUCCAUCCAUGUUGCCUGUGUUCGGAAGGAGAGCUAGGUCCUUGCAUAUGCUUUCCAUUCCCUGGUAAUCUACGAAAUACUGAAAUGACUAGACUAGUAAUUACCCUGCGCAUCCUCAGCUGUCUGCUUACCACAUCUCACCACACAUAGCGUGACGCUCUCAGCCACCCAUGCAGCCUCUGCAUAACCCUCACAAGUUGCCGCAUAUUAGGUAUGGAUAGUCAGAUGCAGUUGAUUAGGUAUAGUGCGGAACACAUGUUGAUGGCAAGCUUCGUCGCAUGCCUGUGCGGCUCAACGCAAGGCCCGUUGCGUGGAAAGUCGCAAUCACACCUCGGCGCGCG